UCGAAUGGGAUAUUGCGUUCACUUGUCAGUAAACUUGUGGACGGUUUAGUUCUAUCCAACAAAGACGUGAUAAACCCGAAACAGAACUUAUAUCGUGACGCAAUAAGAAGCUUUUAUUAUGCGUUCUGGUUUCAUGUCCUUGCUCUUAUUUGUGACAUUAUCUGCCCAGAUUUUGAUAUUUGCCUCUACGAUCAACAUCCUACGAAUUGUUCCAGCCUUGGAUUUGCCGACGUGUAGGCUUCAUCUGCUCAUGCUCUAGCAGAACCAGCCAGCCCAAUUACCAACAUGGCUGUAAAUGUUUCUUACGUAUACAUUUUUAUUUUAUGUGUUCAUCAUUUCAUAUCCAAAGCCGCAGUCGAAAUCAGAUUCUCCGACUUCAAAAGCUGUGCAGGCGAGGAAUGCAGUAUGCUCUUGUGCCAGGGGAAAGCUUUUAGCGAUUUCACCGGACCAGACUGUCGGUUUCUGCCAUUUAAAAAAGGAGAGACUAUAUAUGUCUACUAUAAACUCUCAGGCCAAAGGACAAAUAUAUGGGCAGGGAGUGUUGGUAACCGCUUUGGUUACUUCAAUAAGGACCAACUCGUAAUCAAUCACAUAUACACUGAAAAAGAAUUGGAGAUUCCUGCUGAGGAAACCGACUUUGUUUGCUUUGACACUGGACAUGAUAAGUUUGACAGUUAUGACAUUGAUUCACUGUUAGGUUCAUCUUUAUUGUUAACAGACAAGGAGGAAUCUGUGCAAGUAACCACAGAGACUUUUUACCUAAACAAAAGUGCUGAGAGCACCACGGUGGAAGUGGAUGAGCCUCCACCUGAAGUGACAUUGUUAGAAAAUGAUGAGAUUGAUAGGGAUGUUCCUGAGGACAUUGAUAAGGUUGUAGAGGUUCUAGAUAAUGAUGAUCUGAGACAUGUUGAGGCUUUAGAGUCCUCUCUGCCUCAGUCUGAAACUCUUGACACAAAGGGAGUGGAAUAUAACACUGUAUUUGAGACCACAGCUGAGAGGAUCAAAGAUUACCUUCAGAAAGAUCAGCAGAGGACAGAGGACUCUGUGCCGUACAGUAUUGUUGAACCAGAGGAAGGUGAGAUCAAAAAAAAAACCUCAGAACCUCUAUCCAAAGAUGAUCCUGAGUUAGAAACCACACUUGGAAUAGCUUUUGAUGCUGUCACUUGGAAGGUGACUCCAUAUGACGAGGAAAGUGACAAGACUGAAUAUCAGCAGGAUGAGGAAAGUGAUUAUCAUCUCAGGGAAACUCCAUUGCUGGCUUUUUCUGAAGAAAGUUCAAAUUUGGAACACGAGAACAUUCUGGAAUCUGAUCAUACAGAGGAAAACAGUCUAUCAGAGGUACCUCAUACACUGAAACAGGACUCCAAGGACAAUAACCUGUGGUCUGCAUUUGGUGAUACAGUUUUCAACAUUGUCAGUGGUGGGGAAAGAAUAGCUCAUGUUGCCGGUUCAGAGGAAGAUGAGGAGGAUGACGAAGGUGAGAUUACACCAGAGCAUCCUCCCAAAAUUGAAGAACCCAAGGAGUCAUUUGGCUGUUCUACUUCCUCUGAGCUAAUCUUUGAGCAACCUGCAGACUCUAAUUUCAGUGAGGAUGUUGUCAAAGUAACUGAUGAGGAUUCUCAGAUGUUGCAGUUUGAGGAUGAAACUGAAGAAGCUGACACUGAACCUUCAACACCUCCUGCUGAUGUGGUGAGUCCCUUUGAACACACUGAGGCUUUAGCAGAGAAUCUUACAGUAGAUGACAGCCCAGUCCUUAAACAGCUCUCACAGACAGACAUGCUCUCAGACUUUGAUAGUAAAAUUAACGAAUUAGAGCAGAAACAAGCUGUUGAAGAACUCCCCAUACAAAAAGAGGAGUCAAUAGAUUUAUCACAAGUAGAGAAUACAUUUAAACAGGGUGGUACAGAGCUUUUAAGACUAUUGCGAGAACCAUACCAGAAGAUCCCAGAUCCAAGUAAAAACACAAUGGUGAAAGAGAGCCAUCUUGAACUCCCCAUAGAGGAGGAUGAUUCAAUACACCUAGAGUGGGAAGAGAUUGAGGAACAGUUGCUAGAGGAUGAAAAUGCAGUAUUGUCUUCAUCCAAAACUGAGCACACGGAUGAAAAUGACACAGAAAGUCUAUCUGAAUUUGGGUCAGAGCAACUCAAUAAUUAUACACAAACCGAUGUUGUAUCCAGUGAUGUGUUGGAUGUGGUCCAACAUGACGAGGCUAUUGACAUAGAACCUGAGGUGCAUGAGACUGAAAAUUAUGCUGAAAGCCACACACCCUCACUUAAAGAUAAAGUUCUGGAUCCCCUUCCAAACAAGGAGAUUGAAUACAGUGACAAUGUGUUGAGGCUGACACUAUUGCGAGACCACUUCAAGGAGGAUAGGGUGGAAUUCCUGUUUUCUGACCUGCAGCUGAAGGCUGCCCGGCUGUCCCAGACAAACACCAGUGAGGACAUUGAAAAGGUGCUGGAAGCCAUUUUGGAAGCCUCUGAAACCCCAAUCCUGGAUGAGAUUGAGAGGAUGCUGGAUGCCCAGGAGAACGCUGACCUGCAGCAGGAGGCUGGUGAGUUUGUUGAGGAACCUUCCAUCUUGGACGACUUCCAGGAAUUGGUGUUCACCCUGAGUCAGAAGUACACUACGGCCAGAAACAGUGCUCCCAUGGCAGUGGGCAGUCAACUACACCCUGACACAGAUGGGAAUAUGUCUGAUGAUGCGGAGGAAGAGAAGACAUUCCCGCAGUCUGUGGAGGACACAGACAAGGAUAACCUCACUGUGACCGAGACGGGUGAAGAGACUAAGGCACCUGAGGAGCCUGCCCAUGAUGGUCACAAGAUGCCAGAUAUGGGCAUUGAGGAGGAUAGUGGGUACUUGAACAGAAACAAAGACAAUCAGGCAAGCUCUAAAACUCCAGAAGAAAUCCAGAGGGGCCCUCAAACUAUUUUUGAAAAUACCUUGGACAUGGGACUUAGCGUAGACAUGGAUCACCCUCCCUCAGGAUCUCUGGAGUCACCUGUCACUGAUUUCCAUGAAGAUGAGCAGAGUGGUUCAUCAUUCGUAUCAGUGCUAAUUUUAUCUGGUCGUCUCAUCACCCUGUUUUAUGAGUAUCUUGGAAUAUAUGGUGUUAUGAUGGUCACCAGCCUGCCAGAGCACUGGAAGCCAGGUCCAGACUUCUACAGCGUGUUCUGUGAACCCGUGCUGGUCACUGCAGGUGCCGGGGUCAUCGGCUUCCUCUUCUGGAGGAGCAUUCUAUCUGUCAAAAGCAAGUCAUAUCUAACUACUGAAAAAGAGCUGGUGGAGAGGAUGAAAAUGCUUGAACAAGAGAAGAAGGAGAUACUCCAAAAGGUCGCUGAACUGCAGCAACGGGGUGAAGAUCUUAAAGAAAAUCAAAAGCUGUCUGAAAAAUCUGCCACUUUAUCUCUGGAGAAGAUCCAGGAUUUGGAGAAUAUUGUGCAAGAGAUUGAGAGACAAAAUGAGCGCCUGGAUGCGGAAAAUCACUUACUCGCCAUAUCCUUUGACAAAGAGCGGGCCAAUACUGCGAAACAUGAAGAUAUGAUGUCCGAAAUGGACAAAACCAUUGAGAAGUUGAAGCGCAGCAAGAAGAAGACCCAGGACGCACUCUCAAAGUCUACCAUUCUGAUGGAUGAAGUCAAGCUCCGUGAAGAUGCCCGGAAUGUCCAGCACCAGGUUCUGGAGAAGGAUAUUGCCACCCUGAAGGAGGAGAACCUCUCGCUGCACCAUGCUGCCAAGUUGUGGGAGGAGAAGCACAGGGAGACAAGAGAGCAGAUCAAAGUCUACCACAAGUCUCAGAAAGACCUGGAGGAUUCCCUCGUUCAAAAGGACCACAACGUUGAGGUUCUAUCUGACCUGCUAGGAGACCUGGAGGCCUGCGAUGACCUGAAAGGUGGAGUUGUGGCUAACGGGGAAGCCUUUAACGACAAGCAGAACAUCAUCCAAAACCGCAUUAAGCAAAUGAUGGUCGUCUCUCGGGUCCAGACCACUCUGUCUGUUGUGGAGGAAGAGCACGAUCACUUCAUGACCAAGCUGCUGAAUGAAGAGAAGUCCAGGAAAGAGCUGGAAGAGCAAUUUCAGAAGCUGGAGCAUGACAUCUUGUUGGUGAAAAGUGACAAGAACCACCUGGAGAACCAGUACAAGACCCUGCAGCAGAAGAAUGACAUCAUGACCGAGAUGUACCAGCAGAAGGAGAAUGCUUUGCAGCAGAAGCUGACCAAGGAGGAGUUUGAGCGCCCCAACAAGGAAGACCGGCUGACGAAGGUGGACAGCAAGGCCCUAGAGGAGGAGGUCAAGGUGUGUAAGCAGCGCGUUAAAGAGAUCCAGGAUGAGCUGAAACGGACCGAGAAGUCUUACAAAGCCCAGAUCAUUGAGCAGGAGCAGAAAUCUCACGAGAACUGGGUGAUUGCACGCGCCGCAGAGCGAGCUCUGUUCGAUGAGAAGAAGGAAAACACUAACCUUUGUAACUUACUGACUGACAUGUCCAGCAAGCUGAAUGAGCUCCGUAGGCCUCUGUUCAAGCCCACCCCUGGGAUGGCUCCCAUGCCUCUCCGACGAGGACCACGACCUCGCGGCCGUUACCCUCCUGACCACAAACACCCAGUGGCUUCUAGACCUGACACCAUGGCCCCACGUACAUCCUCACCAAGCGAUCUGGGCAGCUCGAACACUCGACCUCAGGGUCCUGGCUCCCUGCUGGUCUCUCCCAUCAGGUCCCCCCCCGACUCAAGCCCCGGCGCCCUCAGACCAGUCAUCAGCCAGCCCUCCGGACUCUGCUACCGUCCCAUUCCCAGACCCCACCACAUCCCUCCUCCCCCACCCUUCAUGCCUCAAAUGUACCGACCAGACAACGGACACACAGGCAUGAUGCCUCCUGGACCCCCACCGCCUAACGGACACCCGCCUGGUCCCAUGAUACCACCCGGACAUCGGCCUCCAACUCCUGGUGCUUACAGUCCCCUUUCCCCACACAACCGGUACCUUCCUCCACCUUCUCACUAUGAACCGGUGCCUCCCCCAUUCGCCCUCCUAUGGCCCGACCCAUGGGACCCCCACAUACCUACGUGCACUAUGGACCACUUGAUCACUCCAUCCUGCCCCCUGGGGUCGCCCCAUACCCUCAUGUCGGCCCCAGAGACUUCCCUGUGCAGCCACAGGUCCCACAUGGCCAUGACUCUUCAGUGGGCCCCCAGCCCGGCGCUGGCCCCCAGGGCCAAGACUAUAGGUCCCAGCAGGUAACAGCUGCCCCCCAGGACUCAGACAGCUCUGCCAUGGCAGAGCCUUAGACACCUACCACCCAUUAACGACCCAGCUACAGUUAAUCAACCACGAUACAUCUCUUUAUUUUUUCCUUUUGUGUUUUUUAAUUAGCUGAAAAUAAAUAUAUGAUAUACUUGCGAACAACAGAAGUAUCUAAAAAAGUUUGUUCCUAAUAAAGCAUCAGAAAAUCAAUGUCUUAUGUUUCGUGUCUGAAAUGUAAUAGACUUGAAGGAGUAGUACUGAGGCUUGUUACUCUGCAAGAAGUCCUAUUGUGCAAUAACAUUUCUAUUGUGUGACUGAGCUUUUUAAAAAGGUUAUGUUGAUUUUGUAUUCAUUUCACAAUGUUAUCAUGGUUUCCUGUGGAAAUUAUUAUUAAAAACAAAUGGACCCCAA